UUUUUUGUCAGUGUUUUAUCAAACAAAAAAUAUAUACAAAUUUUUACUUCGUGCGUGGCGAUUGCAUGCAGUUGAUGGGCCGCAUCUGCUCGCCAGAAUAAACAAACUCGUUUCGGAAAACACGAAAUUACAGCAGCAGUAUUAUUGUCUUCAGCUGGAAGGAGGUGAAGACAAUACACGCAACUAUAUCGAAUAGCCCCAGGAUGUCUCGAAAAAGUCAACGUAGGAUGGCUUCGUCGGUUAAGGUUGAGCCUGAAGUAGACAUUCCUAGUGACAGCUCCACGAUGGUAAUUUUGCCGGAUGAUUACAAUGCCGUCUCUAUCAAGCAAGAAGACGAUUGGAAGGACAACCUCUACAACCCGGAGGCAACAGUGCAAGCUUUGCCUUUGAAGGAAGAGCUGCCACCGUGUGAAAUUUGUGGUUUGGUAUCCGUCAAUGAACACUCGCGACGCGCCCACUUGAGGCGCCACCGGGACCAAACCGAGUGCGAAAUUUGUCACAAACUGGUGUUCAAAAGAAACAGGGAAUCGCACCAGAGACAACACGAGCGAAUCGAAGCCAAACCCAAAGAGCGAAAAUCUAGAGAUGUGUCGCCGUGCAACAUUUGCGGAUUGGUGUCCAUCAAUGUAAAAGCUAAACGCCACCACAUGCGUCGACAUAAUGGGGAUACCAACUGUGAAAUCUGUCAGCGGCGUAUUAGUUCACGGGCCAAAGAAUCGCACAAAAGUUGGCACGCCCGCAUGGAUAAAAGCAAGAAGGAAGCCGAGAACAAGUUUUGCAAUAUUUGUAAUACGUCGCUGGCUUGUCACAAAGGAUUGACAGUACACCUGGCUAGAGUGCAUGGGAUUUUCAGCGAAUCAUGCGCCCGGAUGGAUUAUCCGAGCUGGCCACAUCAGUGCGAAAGAUGUGGCAUUCACUUACGUUUCAAAGAGCUUGUCGAGUUCCAUGAUUGUCGAGAAAAAACGGUAAACGUUUGUAGCAUUUGCGAUGAGAAUUUUGAUCACGCUGACAAACUCAAACAGCACAUAUCCAGAAAGCAUAAAGUAGCGGAAAGUCGAAACGAUUUUAAAAAGUGGGACAAACAGUGUACCAUAUGCGGUAAAAAGUUUUCGGACGCCGGUGGACUUCUCAAGCAUACGAGAACCAUACAUCUGAAGGAGAAAAACUUUAACUGCGACCGCUGUGAUAAAAAGUUUGCCAAACGUAAACUGCUAGAGCAACAUUACGCCUUGCGUCAUCUGCAGAAGCAUCAGUUUGAGUGCGAGUUCUGCCAGAAACCGUUUUAUCGCAGGAAUGAAUACGUCAAUCAUCGAAAGCAAAACCAUCCCGUAGAAUAUGCUGCACUCGUGGCAAAGUAUGACGAAUAUACUGUCCCGGUCAAUCAAUUGUACGCUCUAAACGGAUGCAACGUGGUAACGGAAUCACCCAGUGAACCCGCUACGACCCCCAAAAACGUAGUCUGUAAGCAAUGUGGUAAAAAGUAUGUUAGCAAGGUAACGCUGCGACAACAUUUGCGCCUAGUUCACAUGUUCAGAAGGUAUGCAUGCAGCAAAUGCGACGAAUCGUUCAAGCAUCCGGUACGAUUUGGCGAUCACUACUCCUUGGCACAUUUGCGUAAACCCAGAUACCAAUGUGAAUUUUGCGGUAAGAAAAUCUACUGGAGGCAACUGUACUUCCGACAUCGGAGAGCUGCCCAUCCAGCGGAAGUAGCGGAACUGGAAAACCGAAACGAGGGCACCAAAUGUAACGAAUUGUACCCUCUGGAUGUGGAAGCUAUUAUGAGUAAGAAAAAGCGAAUCAUUCCAUCCAUCGGUUCCAACCCUCCGACCGCAGAAGGCAGGACGUAUUGUGAUGUCUGCCGCGAAAGAUUCAUAGAUCAUCUGGCCUACAAGCGGCACAUGAACGAAUGGCACUGGAAGAAGACCACUUACACCUGCGGCAUUUGCAACAAGGUCUAUCACGCGAAAGUUGUGCUACAGGACCAUUACGCUAAGGCGCACUUCGGCCGGAGCCGGUAUCAAUGCGAGUUCUGCGGUAAACGGUUCAACUUCCAGUCGAACUACGUCAGACACCGCAGGGCAGACCACCCGACUGAAUACGCCGAGCUGGAAGCGAAAUUCGAAGGUGAUCGCGUCCCAAUCAAUACGCUGUUUGAGAUGAACGAAUUUGAAUUGGUGGAAAAACCUGAACGUGAGCUAAUGAGCAAUUAGAGUAAAUUAACGUCGUUAAGUUUAUUUUUUUAUUCCGCAUUCAUAGAGGAACAGGUAAAUUUAAAACAAA